GCAGGAAGUCGAUACGUGGCCGCCGCCUGUCCCCGCCGAGGAGGCGCAGCAGCCGGAGAUGGCGGCGGUGCUGAACGCAGAGCGACUGGAGGUGUCUGUCGACGGCCUCACGCUAAGCCCAGACCCGGAGGAGCGGCCUGGUGCGGAGGGCGCCCCGCUGCUGCCACCGCCGCUGCCGCCACCCUCGCCUCCGGGGUCGGGCCGGGGCCCGGGCGCCGCAGGGGAGCAGCCGGAGCCCGGGGAGACGGCGGCUGGGGGCGCGGCGGAGGAGGCGCGGCGGCUGGAGCUGCACUGGGGCUUUGGCCUGGAGGAGCUGUACGGCCUGGCCCUCCGCUUCUUCAAAGAAAAAGAUGGAAAAGCAUUUCAUCCCACUUAUGAAGAAAAACUAAAACUGGUGGCACUGCAUAAGCAAGUUCUCAUGGGUCCUUAUAAUCCAGACACUUGUCCUGAGGUUGGAUUCUUUGAUGUGUUGGGGAAUGAUAGGAGGAGAGAAUGGGCGGCCCUGGGAAACAUGUCAAAAGAGGAUGCCAUGGUAGAGUUUGUAAAGCUCCUAAAUAGAUGUUGCCAUCUCUUUUCAACAUAUGUUGCAUCCCACAAAAUAGAGAAGGAAGAGCAAGAAAAAAAAAGGAAGGAGGAGGAGGAGCGAAAGAGGCGUGAAGAGGAAGAAAGAGAACGUCUGCAAAAGGAAGAGGAAAAGCGUAGGAAAGAGGAGGAGGAGAGGCUUAGACGGGAGGAAGAGGAGAGGAGGCAGAUAGAAGAAGAGAGGCUUCGGCUGGAACAGCAGAAGCAGCAGAUAAUGGCAGCCUUAAACUCCCAGACUGCCGUGCAGUUCCAGCAGUAUGCAGCCCAGCAGUACCCAGGGAACUACGAACAGCAGCAGAUUCUCAUCCGCCAGUUGCAGGAGCAGCACUAUCAGCAGUAUAUGCAGCAGUUGUACCAGGUCCAGCUUGCACAGCAACAGGCAGCGUUACAGAAACAACAGGAAGUAGCAGUAGCUGGGGCUUCUGUGCCUCCGUCAUCAAAAGUGAAUGCAGCUGCACCAGGUGAUAGGAUGUCGAUUAACGGACAGGCCAAACCCCACACUGACAGCUCUAAGAAAGAACUGGAACCUGAAGCUGCAGAAGAAGCCAUGGAAAAUGGACCAAAAGACUCUCUUCCAGUAAUAGCGGCUCCAUCCAUGUGGACACGACCCCAGAUCAAAGACUUUAAAGAGAAGAUUCGGCAGGACGCGGAUUCUGUGAUUACAGUGGGUCGAGGAGAAGUGGUCACUGUUCGAGUACCUACCCACGAGGAGGGAUCAUAUCUCUUUUGGGAGUUCGCUACAGACAAUUAUGACAUUGGGUUUGGGGUGUAUUUUGAAUGGACAGACUCUCCAAACACUGCUGUCAGCGUGCAUGUCAGUGAGUCCAGCGAUGACGACGAGGAGGAAGAAGAAAACAUCAAUAGUGAAGAGAAAGCCAAAAAGAAUGCCAACAAGCCUCUGCUGGAUGAGAUUGUGCCUGUGUACCGACGGGACUGUCAUGAAGAAGUGUACGCUGGCAGCCACCAGUAUCCAGGGAGAGGAGUCUAUCUCCUCAAGUUUGACAAUUCCUACUCUUUAUGGAGGUCAAAAUCCGUCUACUACAGAGUCUAUUAUACUAGAUAAAGAUGUUGCCACAGCCUGGAGUCUAGGGUUGGGCAGAAGAUGGCAUUUAAUUUGGAAAUUUCAUUUGACUUCUGUGGAGCAUUGGAGUCAGUGUUUACUCGAUUGAUUCUGGUCUGAUGGCUUUUGACCUCUUGUUGGGAAUCAGGAUUUCCCUGAGACCCUUUAACAUUAACACUUCGGGGUUAAAGGGAUUCCUCAGACUCAUCCAGCCCUUGGGUGCUGACCAGCAGAGUCUCUAGUGGAUGCUGAAGUUACAUGAACGACGUGUUAAAUCUCUAAAGUCUCAAAAAUAAAACUUCCCAGCGCUGACCCUGCUUGGCUGAUG